UGGAUCAUGGCAUUUUCUUAUUAAAAAACCUUCUCCCCGGGUAACGGACACCGGGAGGACCGUCAUAAUCGAUCGAAUCUAGGGUUAGGGUUUGUGUUAGGAGAAGAGGAGAAGAAAUCAAAAUGGAGGGAUGGGAUCCGAACACGAAAUCGACUCUAACCCAGAUCCCGCUGCUAACAACGAAGGCUGGGCCGAGAGACGGAGCGGCAUGGACGCAGAGGUUGAAGGAGGAGUACAAGGCCUUGAUUGCCUACACCCAGAUGAACAAGUCUAACGACAACGAUUGGUUCCGGAUUUCCGCCGCCAAUUCCGAGGGGACACGUUGGACCGGCAAGUGCUGGUAUGUUCACAACCUCCUCAAGUACGAGUUCGACCUACAGUUCGAUAUCCCCGUCACUUACCCCUCCACCGCGCCGGAGCUCGAGUUGCCGGAACUCGAUGGCAAGACGCAAAAGAUGUAUAGAGGAGGGAAGAUUUGCUUGACCGUGCAUUUCAAGCCUCUCUGGGCCAAAAAUUGUCCCAGGUUUGGCUUAGCACAUGCUCUUUGUCUGGGUCUUGCUCCAUGGCUUGCAGCGGAAGUUCCUAUUCUUGUGGAUUCUGGUAUGAUCAAGCACAAGGAUGACACAACCUCUUCCAAGGAUUCGUAAUUUAUGUACGAUAUUAAGUUUGUAUUUCAGAAUCAAACUUCUCAGGUCAGAGAAAGAAAAUAAUUGGGGAGGCAUAAGCAUGUGUUUUACAGGAUGUCCAACGAAGUGUACAAUUUUUAUUCAUACAUGUUAUCGAUGGAUCAUAACAAGUCCAAUGAUAUAGUACUUGCAUUUUUCCCAGUGCAUAGGAUUGUUGUUCUUCUCCUUUUCGGUUGAACUCUAUGAUGCCUUCGACUCAUUCUAGGAUUGUUCUUCACAUGCUGCCUGUGUGAAAAUAUUCAGGCUGAUGAUGUUUAAGAAUCUAUAUAGGAGUGGCAGAAGGUUUU